AUGGACGCAAAAACGGAGCAGAGAAUCGAGGAAACCGUCCUGGAAAUCUUAAGGAACUCCAACAUGGAUGAGGUCACCGAAUUCAUGGUCCGGAAAUCAGCAUCCGAGAAGCUCGGGAUGGACCUGUCCGACCCGACCCGGAAGAGUUUGGUGCGCCGGGUCGUGACGGCGUUCCUCGACGAACAAAAUACCAUGCAGCAGCAACAACAAGAAGAACAGCAGAAAGAAGAGGAUGAAGAGGAAGAGGAGGAGGAGGAGGAGGAGGAAGAGGAAGAAGACGAUAAGAAGAGAAAAAAUGACGGUAAAGAGUAUGAUGAUGAAGGCGACCUCAUUAUUUGCAGACUGUCCAAGACUAGAAGGGUGACUAUAACAGAAUUUAGAGGGAAGACAUUGGUGUCAAUGAGGGAGUAUUACAACAAAGGAGGCAAAGAGCUUCCCACUUCUAAAGGGAUUAGUUUGACUGCUGAGCAGUGGGCAUCUUUUUCGAAGAAUGUACCUGCAAUAGAGAAGGCCAUCAAGAAAAUGAAAUCUAGACUUGACUAG